GUACCUUUUUUAUUCAUUAUAAUCAUUUCAUUGUAUGAUUUGUGUUAUUUUUGCAACAGAGUGGUAAAGUAUCUGGAGAGGCUCUGCAGAGGGCUUUUUUACAGUGGAGCUAUGCCCAAUAUAUAAUUGAUACAUUUCUUGAUGUGCCCCUAUUUAAAUGCCCAGCCUGCACGCCAUCAAUGCUGGCUGUGGCAGUUGAUGGCAACCGGAAGUUAUAUCGAUUCCAGAACCAACCUGUGUGCGUGAAAAGUGGUUUCUAUGAUGGCGUCUUCCUGGCCAAAGACGAAGAAGUUGCAUCAUUUGUGCAACAUGUACAUGGGACAACAAGACAUAAUCUUGCCAAAGGUAGGUGUGGGUCCAGCCAGUGCACAGCUGCCAAAGAAACAGCAAGAAAAUCUUCUUCCAAGAUUGAUGAAGAAGGAGUUGAGGUUGCUGUGUGCCGCCAUGGAUUCCUCCUACGAGGGCUAAAUAUGUAUAGAGGGGAAAUAUUUGCCUAUCCCCUCUACUUGCAGAAAGAACUCUCACAUUUCAAUGUGAAGUUUUUUUGCAUGGACAUUAUAUGCAAAUACUGGCCAUAUUUGCAAAGAGUAGCCCAGCAGUGUCCCGAGAUGGGGGAGCUGAUGGACAUGCCCCCUUUUUGUCUGUAAUGCAAAAGCACAUUCAUGGCAGUGUGAGUUGCAGUGGGGUGGCUGUAACCAGACUGGUGCUGGGGCCACUAUUGGAGAGGAAGUGGAGCAAGUUAACAGCUACCUCUCUCGUGCUGCUCUCUGCACCAAAUACAUGACCAAAUCUGGGCGUACUGACAUGCUUACGGUCCAUGCCAUUGGGUGGAAUAAGAGGAAGGCAGACAAGCUGCAUUACUCUUUGGCCAAAAGGUUCCUGAAGACAUUGCAGAGGAUAACAGACGCCUCUGAGGACCUAAACAAACUGGCCCAUGAGUUAAGUCUCACUGAAGACACUAUGGCCCAGUGGGUUUCUGAUGUCCAACAGUGGAGUGCAGGGGCAACGACAAACAAAAUUGAGAAAAAUAUUGAAGAGCUUUACCUCAGCAUUAAGCAGCACAAGUACUAUCUGUAUGGACAGAGUGCUGGAAACAGGAGUCGGGCUAAACAAAGACAAAAGAUUGCUCAGGAAAAAAGGAAGCUGGAAAUUGCUCUUUCAGAAUAUAAUCAGACGCAUGACAGCCAACUGCCUGAUGCAAACUCUAUCUUGUCUGAGGACCAUUAUUCCUGGCCCUGGGAAUGCCACGGAAUAUGUGGCAACAAGAAAAGAACAUUUGACAAGAUUCUGCUCCUCACUCGGCUCCAGGAGGAGAAAGUGAUCCUAGUGAGUGAAAUAAAAAGGCACUACGAAUUUCUAAAAAAUGCUGCUGUGACCUUAGAAGAGCUUCUCAGACAUCUGCUGAAGAUUUGGAAGACUGAUAG